UGUGUCCAUAACUCUGGUUGCGUAUAACCAUGUCGCGUUUGGGUCUUUUCUUACUGCUGUUGGGCUUGGCACUGGUUGCUGCCGAAUUUGACUACGAAGGCUAUCGCAUCUAUGACCUGACACCAGCCGAUGCUGAGCAGGGCGAACUGCUUUAUAAGCUCAGCCAACAGGGCUACGACUUCCUGAGUCUACGUCGGCUGCUGGGGCAUUCGUCGCGUGUUAUUGUGAGUCCGGAACAGUUGGAAAGCUUUGAGAAAUUGCUCUCGGAGCAGAAGUUGAGCCACAGUCUAAUCAAUGAGAAUCUGGGUGCCACCAUUGCCGAGGAGUUUGCCCAGCGACAAGUGCAACGACGUCUGUCGCCCAUCUCGGGCAAGGGUCGCCUCAGCACAGACCGCUAUUAUACACACGAGGAGAUCAACAACUAUAUCAGCGACUUGGCAGCUCGUUAUCCAACCCGCGUGUUCCUCAAGACGGUGGGCUGGUCAUAUGAGAAGCGUGAACUGAAAACUAUUACGAUCACCAAUGGAGAUCGUCGGGCCAACAAGAAGGUCAUCCUCAUGGAUGGGGGCUUCCAUGCGCGUGAAUGGAUUUCUCCAGCAGCUGUGCUGUAUGUCAUUGAGCAGUUGGUAGAGAAGUUCGAUGAGAAUGCGGAACUACUCGAGGACUAUGAUUGGGUCAUUCUACCAGUGGUUAAUCCAGAUGGCUACGAGCACACGCAGACAGGAACCCUUGCUCGCUUGUUCCGCAAGACUCGGCAGCCCUACAUGAUUUUGGACCAGACCUGUUAUGGCGCUGAUCCUAAUCGUAACUUCGACUUUCAUUGGAAUGAGGAGGGAGCCUCAUCGAAUCCCUGCGUGGAUACCUUUGCUGGACCCAACGCUUUCUCUGAACCAGAGGCGGUUGUAGUGCGUGAUCUAAUGCACUCCUAUGCGGAUCGUGGCAUUAUGUAUUUGACCAUUCACUCCUACGGCAAUUACUUGCUCUAUCCAUGGGGCUGGACUUCAGAUUUGCCUGAAACUUGGCAGGAUCUCGACGAUGUGGCUCGCGCUGGCGGCGAUGCCAUAAAGGAGGCAACUGGCACUAAGUACGAAGUGGGCAGCUCCACCAAUGUGCUGUAUAUUGCAGCUGGUGCCAGCGAUGAUUAUGCUUUCUAUGCUGGCUUCAAUAUUUCCAUUACCAUGGAGCUGUCUGGAGGUGGCAUAUCCGGCUUUGAUCCACCUGCUAGCAAAAUUGAUGAGUUCGUGACGGAAACAUGGAUAGGCAUUCGUGCCAUGGCCGAGAAGGUUAUUGAAAAGUAUUAGCCGAAAGCGAAGAAAUUGUAUUUAAAAAGCGCCUUACUAUGCGAUUCUCAUAUCAAAUCAACUAAACUAAAUAUGCAGCCAUCUAUAUAUAAUCAAUCCAAUAAACGUUAUCAAACCUUCUUUAGUUCUUCUAUCCGAAUUGCUCUCUCGAUUUCCUUAUCGCUAGUUUUAUUCGCUUAACUCCUUAACACUUAUGAGAGCUACCAAUAAAUGCGUAUCGAUGUUUUAAU